AUAGAAGCUCUCUUGUCUGAAAUUCCAGCGACUGAAGUCGGUAGACAUUCCAUCGACGUCGUGCCGACGGACUAGAUUGGAAAGGAUUCCCCGCCCCGGCAAUGGCCUCGCAUCUUGCAGACGUGCAGCAUGUUGCAUGGUUCACAUACGCAUCCCGAAGGAAAAAACGAGUACCUAUAGGACGAUAUAAGUUGGUCUUCAUGGCGAUCAUCGGAAGAUACUUCGUGGAAAUUGUCCGUACGACGAGCUGCAAUGGUUCAUAUACACGAGUGAUGCCUUGUACGAGUGGGGAGUGGCACCAAGGGACUGCAUGUUCAUACGAAUGUCAUCAUACGGUCGAAGCGGGAAGUAACGGACGUAUAUCACGUACGGAUGUCGUAGCUGAACUGGCAGAGAGUCUGCCACUGGCAGUUCUACCAAAAAAUAAUAAUAUGAUGAGAUUUUCCGGAGUUGAAUUUUACCAUAGCGGAAAUUCCAGCGAGGCAAGAAACGAUGUCAGGCGCAUCGCACACCUACUGCGUCUACGCCGACGCGCAUAGAACCGCAUGAUAAUCGGUCAGCUAUGGCAGUAUAAGGCCAUCAUUCGCCGUUGCAAUCUCAUGUGGCGAGUGGCGUCGCCUGUGGCAGACAAGUUCGGCAAACGUUGUCACGGACGCUGGGCUGCUCCUCGAAAAUAAUGUGUGCAGUGCGCAUAGCACGGAGGAUAGCGUCAUGGAGUCUCUGGACGAUAAUGUUUUGCUGGGCAAGGACGAAGCAGACAGAAAACGUGCAGGCGCGGCACACACGCCUUUCUAUCAGGCGCUAACGCGUCUGUGGCUGUCGCGCCGCUCGCGUCCGAAU